AUGGAUCAUGUUGAUGUUCCAGACACAGAUGGCCUCAGCGUGCUUGAAGUGGAGGAUCUGUACAACGCCGCUUUGGAGGAGGUCCAAAAGGCCUGCGAUGUGAGCGAGCGGCAACGCUGUGGCCAGCGGCUGGCGGUGAUUGCAAAGGCCUUAAGAGCUGCCAAGCGUAAGCCGUUGGAAAAGACACAGAGGACAGAGUGGUCUGCUUAUCCAGAGCCAGUCACUUUGCCACGGUGUCCAGAUGAUGCAAGAUAUGUAAAAAGCUUCAGCACCGAAGUUGCGGACUUGCCAGCAGCGCAACACUUUUUCCAUGAGUAUGGGUUCGUGGUCUUCAGAGAUGUCCUCACGGCUCCUGAAUGUGAAGCGACGGUGGCGGAGAUUUGGAGGUCACUGGAGGAGCGAACUCCAGGUCUGGAGCGUCAUGACUCGGAGAGCUGGUCUUUGCUGUCUUCCGAACGGUAUGGACUUCCGGAGGAGCAGGCAGUGUUCACUCCGCAGAUAGUUGCAAACAGACAGAAUGACCGUGUCUAUGCCGCAUUGGAUGCUGUUCUUCCGCGCAUGAGUGGGAUUGAGGACUUUGACAGCCCUCAUCCUGAUCCCAAUAGUGUGGUUGUCACUCAAGACAGGUGGUGUAUCUACCGGCCUGCUGGUGAUGAUGCAAGCGCUCGUACGGCUGAGAAUCUGCACUUGGAUGUGAACCCCUGGACCUAUGCUGGGUUGAAGCCAACAGAGAUUGAAGACCUCAGGUAUGGAAUGACAAUAGCUGGCGACCAUCGAUUCCCUUUGCAGGACUUCCGUGCUGAGCUUACGGCUGUCCAGGGCCGUGGCAGUUCUACAGGGGAGCAUGUUCAGGGAGUCCUGAACUUGCUAGACAAUUUGGAGGAGGAUGGUGGCACUCGAGUUGUGCCUGGUUUCCACCGAUGUUUUAUGCCUUGGCUUCGAGCAUUAGGUGACAUGGAGAGCAAUUUGGCACAAAGUGGCCAGCAUGACAAUUGGGUGCUGCGUAGGGCGGCUGGCGGUGGCAGCUUCAAAUUCUCAAAUUUGGAUCGAAUCCACCAAUUGUCGAGGCGGAUUCCAAUGAGGGCUGGCAGCUUCUUACUUUGGAAUCAGCUUUUGGUACAUGGGAGCUGUGCCAACAACAGUGCCAACUUCAGAAUUGCCCAGUUCAUUACGGGAUUUCGCGCAGGAGAAAUGAGCCCCGGGCGCUCUUGGGCUCGCGCUGCUGCGGUGCAACGCCACAACAGCGGCUUGUUGUUGCGGCCACUGGCGCCGCAUGUCUUCGGUGAAGCAAGGGGCACGGAGGGCACGGAGGGCACGGCCGGCCCAGCGGAUGGGAGAAGCUUUGCUCGAAGCGAACGUGAGCAUUUGGCCGUUGAGCAAGUGCUGCAAACCAGCAAAGGACAUCCUGAAGCAAUUCUCAAGGCAUUCGAAGACUUUCACGUGCAGUGCAAGCCGCUUCUACACGUUGGUCCAAUGAAGGGCACAUACUUGGAUCAUGCUGUGCAGCGGAGUUCACCCAGCUUGGUGCUCGAACUUGGAAGCUACCUUGGCUACUCCGCUGUGCGCAUCGCACGACUCUUGGACGAGGGCGCUCUUCUGUAUACCAUUGAUGAGAAUGCCGACAAUGCUGCCCGGGCAGAAGCUGUUCUGAGGCAUGCUGGGCUUUCCAAUGCUGUCGUAUUGCAUGGAACACUUGAAGGCCUCCAGUCGCAGCUGCCACGGCCGGUGGAUUUGGUCUUCCUGGACCACAGCAAGGCCUUGUACUUGGAGGAGAUCCAUCGUUUGGAGGAAUGGGGCUUCAUCAAGUCGUAUAAAUUGCGGCUGCGCAUACGCCCACUAUGUUCGCGACGGUGGUCGCUACUCCUCGGAAUUCUUCUGGGGCUCUCGCGAUGGAAUCGAACUAUCAGUGGCCAGCGAAAGUCCACGGGAUAUGUUCCAAAAGGCAUCUUCGGACGGCUGCCGGACAGACGCUCUGAGCGGGUGCGAAGCUGGAACUUGGGAGCUGCACUACCUGCUGAGAAGCCGGCCUCAAUUGAUCUGAGAGCAAAGUUGAGGGACUGGGCUUGCCACUUUGUGGCCGAGAGCAGCACUCUGCGACGAGACGUGACCGAGGCGGCCAAUGUGAUCAUGAAGCCUCGGCUUCUGGUUGGGAGCUCGAGGAAGUUUGUAGACUUCAUGGCAGCCGGUGCUUUGGCUUGUGGCUUUUACCGUUUCUGCGAGUUCAACGUGCGUCAGAAAGAUGCUGACGCAAAGGCGAAAGAGAGUUAUCGCCUCAUGGCCGAGAGAGCUGAGCAACUCUUGGAGGGCCCAACGCGCGAGGAGGUGAUUUCGGUCUUACGAGAAGCUGUUGACGCACAGUGA